GUUUAAAAGGCUCUAUCCUGAAAGAAAACUUAUUCCAAAACAGCAUUUCAUGGUUCAUUACCCAAACCAAAUUCUAAGAUAUGGACCCCUUGUGCGCAACUGGUGCAUGCGCUUUGAGGCUAAGCAUCAUUAUUUUAAGCUUUUGGCGCAGACUGUAGGUUGCUUCAAGAAUAUAGCAAAGACAUUAGCUACCAGGCACCAACGGCUUCAGUGUUACUGGCUUAGUGACAGUGAUGGCUAUUUAAGGAGUGAUACUGAGGUUGGACCAGGUAAAGUUUUUUAUGUGAAGGAUCUGGAAGAGAAAGAAUGCACCUCACUGUGCCAGUUGGGCAACAAUUUGGAUCAGAAUUCAACUGUGACACUGUUGAAUUGGGUGAAAGUCAAUGGUUACAAGUACAAAAAGAAUAUGAUCAUAGUCUAUCAGCAAUUAAUUUUUCCUGUGUUUCUUUUUAUACAUAAUGUUUUUUUUAUGCCAAACAUGGAUGUUAUGUUUUCUUGCAAGAAAGUAAAUACAGUUGCUUUUAGCAGGCACAUUCAUUGCUAUGAGGUUGAAGUUUUGGACGAAUUUGUGCCCUUAUUAUUUUCUGGGAUGCUAGAUCAUCAUCCUCUAGAUCUUUAUACCAUUAUUGUAAAUAGAGAAUCAAAACACUUUGUAAGAAUGAAGUACGACCUAUCUGAUGCUGAACAAUAGUAUACAUAUGUUAAAGAAAUUAUUAAACAUAUUAAAGAAAUUCAGUAAAUAAAUGAA